UCCCUUUCACCAGUACCCUAAUCCUUUUCUCUUCCUCUUCUCCUGUUCUAGGGCACGAAGUGGAAAUCGAAGAACAAGAAUUCGUGAGAAUCAAAGAACAAUGACGAAUGCACAAGCCCGAUUUUGUAUGAGGCCAAGUCAAACGACAAAAGUUAGGUUAAGACUACACCAUAGGGGUAGAUUUGUAAAUGAACCUGUUAAAUUGUACGUAGGUGGUGAGGUAUCUGAAAUGACAUGGAAGUUAGAUGUUGACUAUUUGUCAUACAUGGAUAUAGAGGGACUGGUUAGAGACCAUGGUUAUGUAGACAUUGAAAAUUUGUGGUAUAGGAACCCCAAAUUUAGCUUUACUCGUGGUAUAAGGCCUUUGAACAAUGAUAAUGAUGUUCUGCAGUUUGGCCAAGAUGUUGUAGGUCAUGAACUGAUUGAUAUUUAUGUGGAGCAUAAAGUGUCUGCUCCACCUGAAAUUGUGGAAGAUUGUGAUGUUUUUAAGGAAUCUGUUGAUGGUGUGCAUACUGAACAUGUUGAUGGUGUGCAUACUGACCCUGUAGAUGAAACUGUUGAAACUCAAACAAAUGUAAAUGGACCUUUUGAAACUCAAACCAACGUAGGUGAAACUGUUGAAACCCAAACCAAUGUAGAUGGACCUGUUGAGACUCAAACCAAUGAAGCUGAACCUGUUGAGACUCAAACCAAUGAAGUUGAACCUGUUGAGACUCAAACCAAUGAAGCUGAACAUGUUGAGACUCAAACCAAUGAAGCUGGACCUGUUGAGAAUCAAACCAAUGAAGCUGAACCUUUUGAGACUCAAACCAAUGAAGCUGAACCUGUUGAGACUCAACCAACUGAUAAUGAACAUGUUGAGACAGAACCCAAUGUAGAUGAACAUUUUGAGAGUGUGCCAACUGAUAAUGAACAUGUUGAGACACAACCCAAUGUAGAUGGACCUUUUGAGAAUGAGCCUACUGAUGCUAUGGAUUGGACUUCAGUUCUGCCUCCUGAGACCUUAGGUGAGGGUUCAAGUGAAAUGAACUUGCAACAAGAAGAUGUAGAUGAUGAUGAAGAGGAUGAGGACCAUUUAUACACACCCCCAGGUAGUGAUGAUGAAGAAGAUGUAGAAAAGUUCCCAACAUAUAAAAGUGGUGAGGGUUGUGUGUUCAAAAUAGGAAUGAUGUUCACAAACAAGGAAACAAUAAGAGAUGCAAUCAAAGAGUAUGGAAUGGAAAAUCAAAAGAAUGUUUAUAUCAAUAAGAAUGAUUCUAAGAGGAUUGUAGUUAAGUGUAUGGAUGGUUGCAACUUUCACUUAAGGUUCAGUAUGAGGAAUGGGCAGAAUUAUUGGCAGAUUGUUAGCUAUGUGAGUGACCAUACAUGUUAUAGAACUGCAGACAACAGGAAUGCCAAGACACAGUGGCUUGCUAUCAGGUUUACACAAAUACUAAGGCACAGUCCUUACAUGAAGCCGGCUGGUUUAGUUGCAGAAGCACUUCAGAGGUGGGGAACAAAGAUAUCAACAGAUCAAGCAUAUAGGGCUAAAAGAAAGGCAUUGGAUCUUAUCCAAGGUGCUGGUUUUGACCAGUUCAGACACUUGAGAAGUUAUGCAGAGGAGUUAUUGAAGUCCAAUCCAAAGAGUACUGUUAUUAUUAAAUGUGCUGAAAAUAAUGGCAAUCCAACUUUUGAAAGAAUAUAUAUUUGUUUGGAUGCUUGUAAGUCAGGUUUUGCCACUUAUUGUAGACCAAUCAUUGGAUUGGAUGCAUGUUUUUUGAAGGGGGAUUAUGGUGGUCAAUUGAUGUCAGCUAUAGGCAGGGAUGGAAACAACCAAAUAUAUCCAAUUGCUUAUGCAGUGGUAGAGGCUGAAACUAAAGACUCAUGGGAAUGGUUCUUGCAUCUACUCCUAGAAGAUUUAAGAGCAUUCAAUGAUAGAUGUUAUGGAUUUAUUUCUGACCAACAGAAGGGUUUGGUUCCUGCUAUCCAAGGCUUAAGUGGCAAUGUGGAGCAAAGGAUGUGUGUGAAACACCUUUAUGGUAAUUGGAAGAAAAAACAUCCAGGUUUGGUGCUUAAACAAGCCAUGUGGGCAGCAGCUAGAGCAACUUCAAUUCCAGUGUUUGAAAGAGCAAUGGAGAAAUUGAAGCUUUUAGAUCCAGUUGCAUGGAAGGACAUGAAUGACAUUCCUGCAAAAUUCUGGACACGAGCAUAUUUCCAGACAUAUUCAAAAUGUGAUAUUCAAGUUAACAACAUGUGUGAGGCUUUUAACAGGGCAAUUUUAGAGCAUCGAGAUAAGCCAAUCAUAACCUUAUUGGAAGGUAUCAAACAUUAUAUCACAAAGAGGAUAACUAAACAAAAAGGGUUAUUGCAGGGAUAUGAAGGAGUAAUCUGUCCUAGAAUCCAGUUGAUCCUUGAGAAGAACAAAAAGGAAGCACAAGACUGGACCCCUACUUGGCAUGGUGAUGAUGAUCUCUCAAUCUUUGGAGUGACCAAUGGAACUGAGACAUAUUGUGUGAAUAUGAAGAAUGAAUCAUGUAGCUGCAGAAAAUGGGAAUUGUCUGGAAUCCCCUGCUGUCAUGUUAUCUCUUGCAUUUGGAACAUAAGAAAAAGACCAGAAGGCUAUGUCUCUCCCUAUUAUAGCAAACUUACAUUUGGAAGGAGCUAUGCUAAUAUUGUAUUUCCCACUAAUGGACCACAGCUAUGGACUAAUGCAGACCAUGUGCCCAUGUGUCCUCCUAUCAUGAGAAGAGCAAUUGGUCGUCCUAAGAAGAUGAGAAACAAAACAGCUGAUGAACCGAAGAACCCUUAUGUUCUUUCUAAAAAAUUUGCAACUGUCACUUGCAACAAAUGUGGACAAGCUGGACACAACAAGAGGACUUGCAAGGGCAAGAGGGCAGCUGAUAGGCAAAUACCCAAAGGAGGCAACAAGGCAAAGAAAGCAAAGACCACAAAAAAGGCAAAGAAGACUAAGGACAAACAGAAUCAUGUUGAGAUUGGUCAGGGAUCUCAGGCACCUCAGCCCACUCAAGAUUAGUUUAAAUUAGGAUCUUGAAUUUUUUUGAAUGUAACUUGUUGCAUUAGUAAGCAGGCUUUUUUGGUAUGUACUAUGGUCAUAUAAUGAACCAUUUCUGAAUACAACUUGAUAACAGUUUGGUAACAGGUCUGUAAGCAACUUGUUGCAUUAGUAUGUAAUAGGUAUGCAGUUUGGUAUAAUAGACAGUUUGGUGUGUAAUGGGUCUGCAUGAUAUAUGUAAUAGGUCUGCAGUUUGGUGUGUAAUGGGUCUGCAAGAUAUUUGUAAUAGGUCUGCAGUUUGGUAUGAAACAGUUUGGUAACAGUUUG